GACGCCGGACGAGACCGCCGCACCGCAUCUCCCGUCCGUCGAUCGGAUUUCCCCACUCCACCCCCAACGCGGUCGCGUCAACUCCACCUGCGCCCCUCAGGCCCUCACGAGUCACGACCUCGUCUUCGCGGGCGCCGCCGACCGGAUCCUCCCGACGCUAUCGCGGUCAACCCUGCCUGCACCCUCACGACCUCGUCUUCGCGGUCGCACAUGAUCACGUGGUCAAAUCCCGCUCCGUUAGCAAGUACCACCAGCAGCAAGCCAGCAACCCAAUGCUGUGCUCCUCCCACCUCCUGCUGCGCGCACAAGUCAACUCCUGUCUGCGGCCGCCGCGCCCCACGCCGGUCCCCAUGGCUCGUUCCGCUCCCACUUUCGUCGCUGUUUUUCUCCUAGUCCUCGUGCUUCUCACCAUGGACGCGGCGCAGGGUCAACAGCCGUUCCCGCUGUCCACCGAUCCAUCCGACGCGGAUGCUCUGCACGCUGUGUUCCGGCAGUGGAGACUGGAGGGCGGCGCGGCGAUGGAGGACCCGUGCAGGAAGGGCGUCUGGUCAGAGUCGUCCGGAAUAAACGCGUCCGUCGAAUGCAACUGCCUCCCCUCAAGGGUGUGCCGCAUCACAAGCCUAAAUGUGAGUGGGCACGGGAACAUCUCGGCGAUCCCGCGGGAGCUAUUCAAUUUGACAGAACUGGUCUCUCUGGAUUUAAGUAAUAACAACUUGAGUGGUUCGAUACCCCCGGAAGUUAUUAAUCUUUCCAAACUGGAAACAUGGCACUUCAAUAAUAAUCCUCUCAGUGGAGGUUUUCCUCAUGAACUGUCGCUUUUAAGGAAUCUACGGUCCCUGUGGAUGUUUGAUAAUUACAUUGUAGGGCCUUUUCCGGCAUUUAUUCAGAACUUAACCAAUCUCACAGACUUGCGAAUAUAUGGGACGAAUCUUCAAGGACCUAUUCCAAAAAAUUUCUCUAAUCUGAGCAAUCUUGAAGUCCUGAUGCUUGGUGAUCUUGCGGGCAACCAUUCUUAUUUAAAUGUCAUAGGAGCGUGGGCAAACCUUUCAGUGUUAUCUCUGAGAAAAUGUGGUCUUACAGGUCAGGUUCCUAAUACUCCCCCAAACUUGCCCAAGCUAAAAUAUCUGGAUUUGACAUCAAACAACUUAUCAGGAUCAAUAGGAGGACUCUUGCUUUCAUAUAAGACCUCAAAUUACAUAUAUGUAGGUGGAAACAACUUAAGUGGACCUGUGCCUUCUGAAAUUGUUCAAUCAUCAGUUUCCUUGGAUGUUUCGUAUAACUAUUAUGUUGACGGAUCCCUUUCUAACAAUCCUUCUGGUCAGAAGCAGUUCAUAAAUUAUCUUGGAACAUCAAUUGAUGCAAGUGGAAGAAUCAACAGUGGAAAUCUUACAAUCCUGAACUGCCUUCGCAUGAACGAAUGCAACAUAAAUAAUUUAACUAAUCGUGCAACUUCCUUCGCUAUAAACUGUGGUGGCAAGCAAGUGGAGUAUUCAGAUCUAAUGCCAAUUAUGUUCUCUGAAGACUCCACUGAUCUUGGAGGAUCAGGCUUUCAUGUUAAUGCUACUAGUCAUUGGGUAGUUAGUCAUGUGGGUUCUGAUCCAUUUAACGAAUCCACCGGUAUUGUAAAUACAAGUGAUAUUUUUGAAACCAACAUGCAAGAGCUCUACCAAACAGCAAGAACUUCAACAAGUUCGUUGUGGUACUAUGUGGUAGGUUUAGCUAACGGGAACUACACAGUCCAACUCUUCUUUGCAGAGAUAGUCAUAACUCAUGGACCUGGAAAGCGCUUAUUUGACAUUGAUAUUCAGGACCAGAAUAUCAGGAAGGACUUUGACAUUACUAAGGAAGCAGGGGGUUCCAGAAAAGCCACUAACAUAACCUACGAAGUGACUGUUGAUAACUCCAUACUGGCAAUACAUCUGUAUUGGAGUGGACGCGGCACCUGUUGUAUUCCAUAUGAAGGAGCUUACGGGCCACUAGUUUCAGCAAUAAAAGUUACCCAUUCCCAAGACCCGAAAACCAGUCCCCCACAAGCACCACAUUCUGAUUCUGCCCGAGAUGAUGUAAAGCGAAGAGGAGUGGUUGCAGGCAUUGCAGCACUUUCCAUAGCUGCUGCGGUGAUAUCUUCAUCUGUUGUCUACCUUUGGUGGAAAUGGGUUUCACUUGUGAAGCGCCCAAUGGCAUGAGUUCGUCAGAUGUUUGCAUAUAGUUGAUUCUCCCACAAAUUUCCAUGUCAUGCGAAGGACUCUAUGUAUUUGUCUUUUAGCGUUGGCUGCUAGCAACUAGCCAACUAGCAUAGCCAAGAUGACUGAUGUACAGUUGACGUUGCGAUCACGGUUUUAGGUCUCAAGUUUUGUUUCACGAUUAUUGUAACCUAGGAAAUUAUCUAAGACAUUCUGCUGCUAAUAUGUUGUUUGUUUGUUGAUCAAAGUGAUUCAAAUCGCAUUGUGAUAUAUUGUUUGUUUGUCGAUCAAACUCAUUGUAAAACUAUUCUCGGACGAA